UGCCUGAAAAAGAGAGCAGGAGAGAGAGAGAGCAAGUGAUGGGUAGGAGGAGGCAGAGGUUUUUCUCCUCUUUGUUUUGUCUGAUCUGACACGAGCCACAGAACGUGUGGGCUUGACCAAGGAAAGGCAUCUCUCCCAUGACGCUUCACCCUCAGCCUUCCCCUCUGUCUGUCUGCCUCCCUGGAGCUGAGGCUGGAGCUGGACUAGUUGUUGGCUAACGGAGAGGCUAGUGGCCCUGAGGAGAGCUGGAGGAGGAAAGGAGGAGGGGCUGAGCUUAGCCAGUGGGCUCGCUCUCUGCCUCACAGACACGUUUUAUUGACUUGCUAAUUGCCUGAGACACUCGGAGGAGAGGAUGCAGUGAGGGAAGGGAGGGAAGGAACCUACUGUACAUAAGAGUAUUACAGGCAGAGGAACAGAGAAACAGUGACUGUGUUCUGCCUAUCUGGCCACCAUCUCUGCUUCUCUUUGCUGGAGGAACUAAAACAGAUGUUUGCAGCCUGCCUUUCAUUGAUCCACGAUACGUGCAUACGUGAUUCAUGCUUGACAUUAGUGUGUCUUUGCCUCGUAUGCAGUCGGAAGGAGACUACCCACCCACCACACGCUUUUGUGACACGUGAAUGAUUUCCAUAUUUAUGUUUUUUCUUGUAUUUACCGUAACUGUUUUUCCUCUGCUGGGUCAGCUAAAGCGGUUGUUUGCUGUGUUGCCUACUAUGUCUGGUUUGGCUUUACCACGGUACAUACCCUUUGGUGUCUGUGACGGUGCAAAUUAAAAAUAGAAACAAAUAUUUGUUAACCAAUCAAAUGUAAUGGGAAUAAGAAAAUAUGAAGAUUCUGAAGCGUACAAUGGAUAUUCUUCAAUGGAAAUGAAGAAAUUAUCUGAGAAGCUUACAGACUGAAGACUGGCUUGAGGCAGUUCAUCUUGUGUGCUUUUGUGGAGUGGGGAUCUACGUAGUACAGUCUUGGUGGGCAAAUGGACCAAGCUCAUUUGUUGGCUCUAUCAUAAUUCCAGAAUACCCAGUCUCAAACAUCAAGAUCGUGGAAAGCAAUCUCAGAUCCCUGGCUUUGGGCUGUAGAUGAAUCUUGCGUAUGGAGAGAGGGAGGGAACGAGAAAGGGAGGAUUGUGAAUGAACCCGUGGAGCAGUCCAGUGGCAGCAGUCUUUACAGAUCAGCAAAGAGGAGGUGAAGAGAGGAUUACAGGAAGGAUUCAAAUAAAAACUAGUCUAGACUUAAUUCAGUAACUUAGCCUUGUUAAAAGUAUGCUCCACUAAUUCAAGAUAUCUUAGAGUGAUUCUCUGUCUCGCUUGUGCUGACUCUUGAGUUUUCACGUCAUGGGUUCAGAAGCCUGAAGAAGCAAUCCAGGAAGACUCCAACCACCUCUUGACAAAGUUACCAUUCACCCACAUCAGACAUAUCCAUACGCCAGGCAGUUUGACAGUACCAUCUGACUGGUGUCUGGCCUGGCUAUUGUCUCCGUGGUGAAGCCUCCGGCUGUGGGUUGCUAUGCCGGUUCCCUGUGGGUCUGUCUGGGUCACAGCGAGGGUGCUGCCACUCCGCUGAGGUUGGUCUGCCUGUCUUCCAGCCUGCCGCCCCCAUGAGCCACGCGGGCACCCUACAGAGACGCACCACCUACCUCAUCUCCCUUACCCUGGUCAAGGUCGAGGCCGUGGGGGGUGAUGGAGUUUCCAUCGGGCCCCAGCCACAACGGACCCUUGCUCUGGGGAGAGCAGGCGUGGAGGGCCCAGAGGAUGAGGAGCUGAGCAGGACCACUGAGGAUGAGGGAGGACAUGCAUGUGCCGAGGUGAAGGGAGAGGGGAACACAGAGAUGGAGGAAGAGGAGCAGGAGUACGUUAGCUUUGGGGGACCUGUACAGGAGCGGGAGAAGCCUGAGAUAAAGGAGCGAGAGAGUCGUGGUCCAGGCUCCUCAAAAGAUGUCACGUUGGAGACUAAGAGCAAGGAGUCUCCCCUCUUACCGAAGAAUGUGAAAGACCAAGUGAAAGGACUUGCAGGGGUGUCAGAUGUCCCCUCAGUGGGAGGGCUGAGGAGAGAGGGAACCCGCCCUAAAACAGAGCUCUAUAGGGAGCCACCCAUGCUGUUCCCAAGGUGCGAGGAAGGGAUGGGCGACGAAAGCAACACCCUCUCCCGGGGCAGCAUGCCCAUCACCGUACCGCCCAGGCUCACCCAGAGACCCGAGGUCCUGAUGAGGUCACAUGCCGGGGGCGGGGCUGUAAGCCGGCGGGAAUUGAGGGAAGCCAAUCAGAGUAUGCCUCCAUCCGCCAAGAGUCUGGACCGCAAAGACAACCGCAUAGGGGACCGGUCUCCCAUGACAGCUGCUGUGGCCUCUCUGGGACCAUACCGGGCGUCCUGGGCGGACAGUGAUGGCAGGUCCACCCUCCUUCGCCAGGGAGCCCCCGUAGGGGGGGGGGUUACGGACGUGGUGACCAGGGAAAGCCCCAGAGGGGAUAGGCUGAAGACAGGCUCAACCUCCCUGCCAGCUCAACCCACCCCUCAGAUAUCCAAGCCGCCGAGGAAGGGCAAGAGCCGCACUCUGGACAACAGUGACCUGCACUCCCUCUCUGAGGACCUGAAGAAGGGGAAGGACAGCCAGAGUCAGGGGGGUACCACCCAGCGUCCCCCCGCCCGUGACCGCAAGAUGCUCAAGUUCAUCAGCGGCAUCUUCACAAAAAGUACGCCUGCGCCUCCCUGCUCCAACACAGCGCCCCCUAUCUACACGCCCAUUCAGAGGGGUUCUAGUGAGGAGGAAGCGGCUUGCGGUAACAGUCAAGAAUGGACCUUCAGUCGAACCGUCCAAGAGCUCCGUCUGGGGGUGUUGGGAGGUCUCCGCAGUGGGAAGUCAGCCCUGGUCCACAGACACAUGAGCGGCAGCUACCAGCCCCUGGAGAACCCAGAAGGGGGCAGGUAUAAGAAGGAGGUACUUGUUGAUGGCAACAGUCACAUUUUGCUGAUCAGGGAGGAGACAGGACCCCCGGAUGCACAGAUGGCUAGCUGGGUGGACGGGGUCAUCCUGGUCUUCAGUCUGGAGAAUGAGGCCAGUUUCCAGGAAGUGUACAGGAACUACAGCGAGCUUGGCAUCCACCGCAACAUCGCUGAGAUCCCCUUCAUAGUGGUAGGAACCCAGGAUAAAAUCACCAGCACCAACCCUCGGGUGAUAGAGGAUGCCAAGGCUAGACAGCUGUGUUCAGAUGUCAGGCGCUGUACCUACUACGAGACCUGCGCUACCUAUGGCCUCAACGUCAACCGCGUCUUCACCGAGGCUGCCCAGAAGAUCAUGGCAGUGAAGAAGCAGGCAGCUCUACUGGCCUCCUGUAAAUCCCUGCCCAACUCCCCCAGUCACUCUGGAGGCUCUACCCCAGUGUCAGGAGUCUUCCCUGGUCAGGCCAGUAAUGGUGGUCAGAGCAGUGACUACUCGUCCUCUCUGCCCUCCACCCCAGUGAUCAGUCAUAAGGAGAUCGGUGGGGCAGCAGGGGGGGAGAGGCUGGGCAGCGCCACCCCAGGGUCUGUCCGCAGUGCCCCACGGCGACGCACCGGCUCCCGCUUCACGGGCCGUAGGGGCAGUGACUCGGAGAGGAGGAGUACAGACGGUAAGAUAGGAGACCUGGGUAGUGGACGCUCCAUCCCCAUCAAACAGAGCAUCCUGCUGAAGCGCAGUGGGAACUCCCUCAACAAGGAAUGGAAGAAGAAAUACGUCACGCUGUCCAACAACGGCAUGCUCUCUUAUCACUCCAGUGUCAACGACUACAUGCAGAAUGUCCAUGGGAAAGAGAUGGACCUGCUGAGGGUGACUGUGAAGGUGCCAGGGAAACGCCCGCCCCGUGCUGGUGCCGUCCCUUCCUGUGCUCCUCCGCCCGGCCUCAACGGCCUGGUCAAAGACAUCCAGGGGCCUGAGGGGGCCAGCGCGGUCCCUGGUAGUGGUAGUAACCUCCUACCCGUAGAAGAGGGGGCGGGAGGAGGGUUGUCUCCUGGGGGGAACAGAGGGGUGCAGCGCUGCCCCUCUACUCUCUCUAGCAAGCCCCAAAGCAUGGACUCUGCCAUCGAGGGGGUGUCCAGAACCUCCUCCUAUAAAGAUACAAGCCCAGCCUCCCCAAUGGUUGACAGGAAGAAGCAUCGCAGGAAGAAGAGCAUGAACCAGAAAGGAGACGUAGCCAUUGGCCAAGCAGAUGCAAAGCGCAAAAUGUGGAAACUAAAAAGCUUUGGUAGCUUAAGAAACAUAAACAAGACAGACGAGGAUAACUUUGACUUUCUGAUCGUGUCGAGCACGGGCCAGACGUGGCACUUCGAGGCCCAGAGUGUGGAGGAGAGGGACUCCUGGGUGACGGCCAUCGAGAGCCAGAUCCUGGCCAGCCUGCAGCUGUGUGAGAGCAGCAAGAAUAAGGCUCGUAAGAACAGUCAGAGUGAAGCUGUGGCACUGCAGGCUAUCCGUAACGCCAAGGGCAACAGUCUCUGUGUGGACUGUGAAGCACCUAACCCAACAUGGGCCAGCCUGAACCUGGGGGCUCUGAUCUGCAUUGAGUGUUCAGGAAUCCACAGGAACCUGGGCACCCACCUGUCCCGUGUCCGCUCUCUGGACCUGGACGACCUGCCCAGAGAACUCACCCUGGUGUUGGGUGCCAUCGGCAACCACCUGGCCAACAGCAUCUGGGAGGGACGUACGCUGGGCCGCAGAAAACCCACGCCCGACGCCACACGAGAGGAGCGGGAGUCGUGGAUCCGAGCCAAGUACGAGCAGAGGUUGUUUGUGGCUCCGCUGGCCCUGCCCUCCUCCAGUCAGGGGUUAGAGGUCAACACGCUGUCAGCCAGUCUGCUGGCGGCCGUGAUGGAGAGGGACCUCCCCCGCCUGCUCCUUCUCCUGGCCCAUAGCACCAAGGAUGACAUCAAUGCCCCCCUUCCCCCAGGGGGUCACCUCUCUCCACCCCCCCCUGCUGCCUCCCCCAGCCCUCCCCUGGAGGGCUCCUUCCGGCCGCCUUGCUCUGCCCUGCACGCCGCCUGCCAGCUCGCCGACGUGGUCAUGACCCAGCUGCUGGUCUGGUAUGGCAGUGAUGUGAGGUGUCGGGACGCCCAGGGGCAGACGGCCGUCACGUUGGCACGUUAUGCUGGCAGUCAGGAGUGUGCCGACAUCCUCCUGCAGUAUGGCUGCCCCAACGAGCCCGCCCCUUCGGUUGCCACAACACCAAGCCUUUCUGUUGCCACAACACCAAGCCUCUCGGUCGCCACGACACCCAGCCUUUCCCGCAAGAGCAGCGCAGGCAGCCUCAGCCGCAGCAGCUCCAGAAGAGCAGUGUCUUAAUGCUCCAGUCACCACCGCUCUGUGGGAACUUUGACCUGUGUGUUACUGCUACACCACCACCCGUGCCCUGCACCUUAGUAACACACAGACAGAAAGACAAAGGGAUAAUGUAAUGACAAGCGCUGGGGCCAAAAUGGUGGCCCAUCCUGUAUGCUGACUUGGGUUCAUGCCCAAUCACAUCUCUCAAACCACAGGGCUUGUGAACCAGAGGUACAGAACUGCAAUAAUUGAAUUACCAGUGAAUUACCAGUGUGAGACAGUGGAUCUGUAGCUUUUUCUCACCCUACUGUACCUCUAGGUGCUUGGAAUCCCAUGAUAACAGACUACAAUAUGAAAACGGGAAGAUGCUUUCCAUAAUCGACGGCAGAAAAUUUAAAUUUAAAAUUCAAUAUGAACAUUUCUCCUGUGCUUCGAUGGUUAGGUGGAGCAGGUUAACUCAAAAUGCAGCUAAAUCAAUGAAGAUGCUACAUUAUGAUGAAAUGAGUAUGAGGGGGCUCAUUGAAUCCUCUGAACGGAAUUGUACUUACUCACGCAGAAACGAAACAGUGGAGCCAAGACCAACAACAACUGCCAGUGCUGGAACGAACAUAACCACUGUUAAACCUCAUCACUGUACCACAGUCAAACAAAACGGUCAGUUACUGAACAAUGCUCAGCUGAGGUUAAAUUCAAAAGAAAUACUGUCCGACAGAUAAAGGAUUUUGUAUUUUAAGAAUUUAGGUCAAAAUAAUAAUUGUAUAGAAAGACAUAUAUGAAAUUGAUAUUAUUACUUUACUUGUCAUAGUUAUCAAUAUUGAGAAGUACUUCAUGUUCAAGAAUGUUAUUGUAUGUUCUGAAGUUUGUAUGGUAGGUUCUUGUUUGUAAUACACAUGGGUUACUCUUAGCUGUUGAGAGAUUCAAAACUGUGACAGAUUUGGUGAUUCAUUAUAUUUGGCAGUCCGCUAUCUACAGUCAUGUGAAAAAGUAAGUACGCUCCCUGGAAAGUGGUCUUUUUUUUAUUUGACAUAUUUGGACACAUGGAUAUCUGAGCUAAAUACCAACCACAUUCAUUGAUAAAGGUGAUCCAAUUUAACAAAUCACACAAAAAAUGUUUUUACUUUGAAAAUGUUAUGGAAUUAAAAUAAACAAAAAUGCAAUUUCUUUAAGCAGAAAAAGUUAGUACACCCCUACCUUUACCAUCACAUAAAAUGGCUAAAAUUAGAACCAAGUGCACCAACAUAGGUGAAAAUCAUUAGAGAGUAAAUUGGGAGGGUCCAGCUUUCCAUAAAGAUUAGAAACUGGUUUGGUCUUAACCGUAUGGGUGUUUGGUAAAACAUCAUGUCAAGAUCAAAAGACCUACCUGAGGCCCUCAGAAGAAAGAUUAUUGAUGCCCAUGAGUCUGGGAGGGGUUACAAAUCCAUUUCCAAGCAAUUUGAAGUACAUCAAUCCACUGUCUGACGGCUCAUCUACAAAUGACCAUUGGCAAUCUACCUAGGACAGAUCGUCCCAGCCCAAGAGCUGACCGAAAGAUGCUCAUAGAAGUCUCUAAGAACCCCGGGGUAACAUCAAGGGAUCUACAAGCCUCUCUUGCCACAAUCAAUGUCAAAGUGCAUGAGUCAACUGUCAGAAAGAGACUGCACAAACUUGGCCUACAUGGGAGGUCAGGAAGGAAGAAGCCUCUGCUCUCAAAAAAUAAUAUGAAGACACGGCUGACAUUUUCCAGACAACACCUGGGUGAAGACCAAAACUACUGGAACAAUGUGCUCUGGACAGAUGAGUUAAAGGUGGAGUUGUUUGGCCGCAAUGCCAGACGCCAUGUUUGCGGAAAACGGAACACUGCCUUUGAACAGAAGAACCCCAUACCAACUGUAAAGCAUGGAGGCGGUGGCAUUAUGGUUUGGGGCUGCUUUGCUGCCUCAGGGCCUGGCCAACUUGCCAUCAUUCAACCACGAAUUCCAUAUUGUACCAGAUGAUUCUUGAGGAGAAUGUGAGGCCAAUUGCCAAAAAGCUGAAGCUGAACCGAACAUGCAUCUUGCAACAGGACAAUGAUCCAAAACACACAAGCAAAGCUAUAACAGAAUGGCUCAAAAAUAAGAAAUGAAGGGUUAUGGAAUUCCCCCACAGCAUCCUGUCGAAAUGCUGUGGGGGAACUUGAAGCUGGCCAUGCUUGCAAGAAAGCCCUCGAACAUGACAGUUGAAGUAGUACUGUAAAGAAGAGUGGGCAGAAAUUCCUCCCUGUCGAUGUAAGAGACUAAUAGACAGUUACAAGAAACGGCUCCAUGAAGUUAUUUCAUCUAAAGGGGGCAACACCAGCUAUUGAAGCUAGGGGUGUACUUGUUUUUUUACGCACUAUGGAGUUACAUUUCUGUACAUUUUUUGAUGAAUAAAUUAUUACAAAGUAUGAUCUUUCAGUGUCAUUUGUUAAAUUAGGUUUCCUUUAUCUGUCAAUAGUGGUGAAGUGAAGAUUACACAUCCAUCUGUCCAAAUAUGUACAACAAAACACCACUUUCCAGGGAGUGUACUUACUUUUUCACAUGACUGUAUCUCCAUGACAUCACUUUGAGUUCCAAGAUGGAGACUUGUAAUGUGUGUGCAUAAUGUGUUUCAGAAAUGAGAAACAUGGAUUUACUGUGUAGUCAUAUCGAAGAAUUGAGAGAGAGAGAGACCCACUAGUGCGGUUGCUCUAUGUCCUAUUUUAGCUGAACAGUGUUACUGCCAGACGCCAUUUUAGUGUGAAACAAAUGAAAUGCCUUCAGUUUGAUUGAAUGUAUUGCAAUUAUUGGUCAUGUUUUGGUGAACUGCCACACCUCCAAAAGAAAAAGGGUUUCAAAGCCAGAAGUCGCAGACGUCAUUCUCGAUUAUCAUCCCAACUGUACAAAAUGAUCAUUAGUAAGAGAAAUCAUUGGCCUUGUGCUGAGAAUGUUUUGCUAGUGGCCACAUUAGAGACUAUUAUAAUAAUACCACAAGGACCAUGUUGCUUGAAUAUUGGGACUUACAAAUCUACUGUAGUGUGAUCAUACCGCUAGUCGUUUUUGAACUGAAAAUGAAAAUCUCCAAUGACUUUGUGUCUGUAAAUAGUGUAAGCUUCUCUUUUUUAUUUGCAGUGUUUUUCUACUCAUGUACAUGAUUCAUGGCUCAUUCAAGUUAGCUGUCAAUACAAUUACUGUCCAACCUGUGGUGUUUAAUUUAUAGAUUUGGGGGUAUUUCAUAUUUUAAUGUGAAACUUUUAUCUGCUUAAAAAAAGAAGGAAAUCGAAAACAACACCAUACAACAAAGCUACAGAAUAAAAUGGUCAUAAUAUG